GUGUGUGUGUGCAUCAACUUCAAGUGCCAAUAUCUCGGCAAGCACAUCAGUUGGGAACACAAGAUUCUAACAUGAGAUGCUCCUAACACUCAACUACAACACUUGUAACUGGCAGUGUUCAUAACCUUUAAGCUCAUGAGAAAUUUGCACUUAACAAAAAACUUUCCAACAUAAAAAUAUCCAAAAUUCAAUGACAAAUUCAAGUGCCAAUAUCUCGGCAAGCACAUCAGUUAAGAACACAAGAUUCUAACACAAAAUGCUCCUAACACUCACCUACAACACCUAUAACUGGCAGUGCUCAUAACCUUCUAGCUCCUGAGAAAUUUGCACUUAACUAAACACUUUCCAACAUAAAAAUAUCCAAAAUUCAAUGACAACUUCAACUCUAACUGCCAAUAUCUUGUAAUCCACGCCAGUUAGGAACACAAGAUGCUCCUAACACUCACCUACAACACCUAUAACUGGCAGGUCUCAUAUCUUCUAGCUCCUGAGAAAUUUGCACUUAACUAAAAACUUUCCAACAUAAAAAUAUCCAAAAUUCAAUGACAACUCUAACUGCCAAUAUCUCAGAAUCCACGUCAUUUAGGAACACUAUAGGAAGGCAGACGUGGAAAACCUUAGGGAACAUUACAGAGAGCUGGACUGGGAUGACCUAAUGGGAACAAGUGAAGUGCAGGAAAAGUGUGAUAUCUUUAUGGAGGCGUAUAAAACAGGGUCAAGAAGUUUGUACCAGAAACAGACCCAAAGAGAAGGGAAAAAGGACUGGUUUAAUACAAGGUGUGCUAAGGCAAAAGAAAAAAAGAGACAAAGCAAGGAAAAGACUAAAAAGAAAUAAAAACCAAAGGAAUAAAGAAGAUUUUAAGGCAGCGAGAAAUGAAUAUGUGAAAAUAAGGAAGGAAGAAGAGAAGGGAUAUGAAAAGGAUAUUGUGGAAAAGUGUAAGGAACAACCCAAACUAUUUUACAGAUUCAUAAAUGGAAAGAUUGAACCAAGAGAAACAAUUGACAGACUGAGCGACGGGAGUGUGACAACCGCUGAUCCUCAAGACACGGCGGAGUUACUAAACAAAGAGUUCCGGCAAGUUUUUACUAAAGAAUCAACGAGCCACAAAAAACAAGACAAAUGUUCACAUGGAAGAAGUCUCAGUAUAUAAAGAGGAGAUAUAUAAACUGUUGGGGGAGUUGGAAGAGAGGAAAGCUGUAGGCAGGUAGGCGGUGGCUGAUUGGUAGCGUGCUGGGCCCACAUUCACUGCGUGAUGGACGACGCGGGUUCGAAUCCCCACGCUGGUUACCACCCCGGAUUUUUCAGUCACCACCGUGUGGCCUAAGACUACCCACAUGCUGUCCUGAAGACCACCCAUCAACCCAGACUCUGGAGGAAACCGUCCAAGUGAAUCAAGAAGGAGUUCCGGGGGGCAGCAUGAGCCGAGAAGAUGGCGCCACUAUAAACACUUGCCUGUGCCAUGACGGACUGGGGCCGAACAUCAUCCAGGCCCCUCAAGCAUACCUACCGGCGCAUAGACGUAAAAAAAAAAAAAAAAAAAAAAGAACCAGAUAGAGUCGCAGGGUAUAUAUUGACAUUUCUGUUUUUCUUUAUAUUUAUUUCCUUACAAUCUUCCACUUCCCUUAGUUUAGCUGUUCUGUGUGUGUGUGUGUGUGUGUGUGUGUGUGUGUAGCAGCCACAUCACUCACCCGCUGUGGUGUGUCUGUGGGCCUGGCUGAGGGUGCAGGCAGCAGCUGCCUCGGACAAGGGUGCCCUAGCAGGCGGCGUCCAGCAGGCACAUGGCCCCUCUACAGGCCUGUGGGCACAGUGUUCCUGCCUUGACCCAUUACAUAUUCUGCCUUAAAUUCCCUCGGGGCAGCAACCCUAACAAGCCAUCACAGCUCCCAGGCCGGCACUCUGCCCCAGUGGUCUCUGCUGGGCCGGGUUUAACAAGCCAUCACAGCUCCCAGGCCGUCCCUCUGCCCCAGUGGUCUCUGCUGGGCCGGGUUUCUUGUGGAGCGCAGGGAAACUUGACAAACCCUCACACAGCGUCCCCUUGGUAAUCCUGCCGAUGGUCUGUUGUGGUGGCCCGAGUCACCGCUGCUGCACUGUGCCGGGGCAAGGUGGCUCGGGGCAGACGGCACUGUUCACUGUGGUGCUGGCUGCUGCACUGUGCCGGGGCAAGGUGGCUCGGGGCAGGCGGCACUGUUCACUAUGGUGUUGGCUGCUGCACUGUGCCGGGGCAAGGUGGCUUGGGGCAGGCGGCACUGUUCACUAUGGUGUUGGCUGCUGCACUGUGCCGGGGCAAGGUGGCUCGGGGCAGACGGCACUGUUCACUGUGGUGUUGGCUGCUGCACUGUGCCGGGGCAAGGUGGCUCGGGGCAGACGGCACUGUUCACUGUGGUGUUGGCUGCUGCACUGUGCCGGGGCAAGGUGGCUCGGGGCAGGCGGCACUGUUCACUAUGGUGUUGGCUGCUGCACUGUGCCGGGGCAAGGUGGCUCGGGGCAGACGGCACUGUUCACUGUGGUGGUGCUUGUUGGCUGCUGCACUGUGCCGGGGCAAGGUGGCUCGGGGCAGACGGCACUGUUCACUGUGGUGUUGGCUGCUGCACUGUGCCGGGGCAAGGUGGCUCGGGACAGACGGCACUGUUCACUGUGGUGUUGGCUGCUGCACUGUGCCGGGGCAAGGUGGCUCGGGGCAGACGGCACUGUUCACUGUGGUGUUGGCUGCUGCACUGUGCCGGGGCAAGGUGGCUCGGGGCAGACAGCACUGUUCACUGUGGUGUGGCUUGUUGGCUGCUGCACUGUGCCGGGGCAAGGUGGCUCGGGGCAGAUGGCACUGUUCACUGUGGUGUUGGCUGCUGCACUGUGCCGGGGCAAGGUGGCUCGGGGCAGACGGCACUGUUCACUGUGGUGUUGGCUGCUGCACUGUGCCGGGGCAAGGUGGCUCGGGGCAGAGGGCACUGUUCACUGUGGUGUUGGCUGCUGCACUGUGCCGGGGCAGACGGCACUGUUCACUGUGGUGUUGGUGCAUCUCUCUGCAGUCAACCACAACACGGUGUCAGUCCUCCCCAGGUGGUGUUGAUGACUGGCUCCCCGUCACACACACACAGCAGCACAACACACCACCUCAGAAGUGGGUCUUCAUGUGCCGGGCAAUGUGCCCCUUCGUGUUAAAGUGCUUCCCACACACUUGAACUCUCUCAGGCCAGAGUGUCUGAACAUGUGACGCUCCAGGGUUUGCUUCUCUCUGAACCUUUCUCCACAUUCCAGACACUCAUGAGGCCUUUCACCAGUGUGUGUGUGUUGAGGCCACCCUUCUGUGUAAACCUUUGGCCACAAACUUCACAUUCAUGAGGCCUUUCACCAGUGUGUGUGUGUUGAGGCCACCCUUCUGUGUAAACCUUUUGCCACAAACUUCACAUUCAUGAGGUCGUUCACCAGUGUGUGUGUAAGGGCGUGUGUGUUGAGUUUACUCUCGCAACUGAACCUUUGGCCAUAUUCUUGGCAUUCAUGGGGUCCUUCACCAGUGUGUGUAAGGGUGUGUGUGUUGAGUUUACUCUCGCAACUGAACACUUUGCCACACUCUUGGCAUUCAUGAGGUCGUUCACCAGUGUGUGUAAGGGCGUGUGUGUUGAGUUUACUCUCGCAACUGAACCUUUGGCCAUAUUCUUGGCAUUCAUGGGGUCCUUCACCAGUGUGUGUAAGGGUGUGUGUGUUGAGUUUACUCUCGCAACUGAACACUUUGCCACACUCUUGGCAUUCAUGGGGUCCUUCACCAGUGUGUGUAAGGGCGUGUGUGUUGAGUUUACUCUCGCAACUGAACACUUUGCCACACUCUUGGCAUUCAUGGGGUCCUUCACUUUUUUUGUUUUAGUUUACUUUUUCAGUCUUGAUUAUGGGUGAUGGGGCACUCUGCCAAGUGCCUAACAAUCACCCACUUUUUAGAGGCUGCAACCGAGGGUUCUUUUUAGGAUGGUAGUGGUUCCCUUAAGGGCAAUUGUUUGGAUUUCUGUUGCCCUCGGGUUUCCUGGGAUUUUAGCUAGAUGGUCUUUGAAGUUCUUUUUCAGUAGGCCUGUUGCUCCGGCAAUGACUGGCACAAUCGAGAUGUUCUUCAAUUUCCAGUUUCUUUUCAUAUCAUGCAUCAGGCCUUGAUAUUUGGUGACCUUCUCCCUUUCAGCUCUGUUUAGCCCGCUGUCAUGUGGGAUACUGACCUCAACUAUCAUAGCCACUUUUUCUUUCCUGUUCCACACAACCAGGUCCGGUUUCACUGCAGCAUUAUCUAGGUAGGUAGCUGUUGGAAUUACCUGGUCAUAGUAGAUGGUGUGCGUCUCAUUUCCGGUGA